AGUUAGGAUUGUUCAGCGGCGGAUCCUCCAGCCCGGCGCGCACGCAUGUUCAGUGGACUCUCAUGGUGUGAAGACCCAGAUGAGGGACUCGAACGUCCGGGAAUGACAGCCGCUGUCACCGGGAGUGACGGCUUUCACUUGGAGCUACACUUCUGAAAAGGCUCCAGUUAACACUCAGCUCUGAUCCGGACCGGAUCCAAUCAGACGAGGACUAUGCCAGAGAUGGAGAAAGGGAGACCUCCGGAAAAUAAACGCAGCAGGAAACCUGCGCACCCCGUGAAGAGGGAGAUCAACCAGGAGAUGAAGACGUUUGCCGAAAGCACCAUGAAUGAGCUGCUGGGAUGGUACGGCUACGACAAGGUAGAUCUCCGAGACUCGGAGGCCAACGAGAUAAGAAACUACAGAGAAAGGAGGCAGCAUGUGUCUGUGCUAAAAGAAAACUCAUUGCCAAAGCCAAAAAGCAUGGAAACCAAGGUUGGCCACUCAGUCCUUGCCAUGAAGAGUGGAGAGAGAGAGUCCUCCAGUGUCCCCUUAUCUUCACCAUCCUCUUCAUCAACAAGCUCAUCCCUGACCACCCCCAAAGAGCACAAGAGCGCCCCCGUCAUUGUUCCCCUUAUAAAGCCAUCAGCAGUGGAAGAUGUACAAAAUGUGCAGAUAGUGUGUGUUUGGUGCCAGAAGGAAGGUGUGAAGCGCUACUCUCUGUGUAUGGGCUCUGAGCUGAAGAGCUUCUGCAGUGAGAAGUGCUUUGCUGCCUGCAGACGGGCCUACUUCAAACGCAAUAAGGCCAGAGAUGAAGACCUCCAUGGUGAGAGAUCUCCUCAGCACCCUCAUACGGAGGACUCGCCCAGACUGGUGUUGAAGAUAAACAGCAAUGUCAGAUCUCUCUCCCCUGUGCCACAGGUAUGUGAUUGGUGCAAGCAUGUCCGCCACACUAAAGAAUACCUGGACUUCGGCUCUGGUGAAGAACGACUCCAAUUCUGCAGCACCAAGUGUCUGAAUCAGUACAAGAUGGAUGUUUUCUACAGAGAGGCUCGUGCAGCGCUCACAAGCUCCAGCCCCAGUAGAUCCAGCCAGGAAGGGAGGGCAGAGAACAGUUUGGGAGGCCAAAAGCUACUCACUCCUGAUUCUUGGAACAGCAGCAGUGCAGGAGAAGCUCGUCGUAGAAACCUUUCCCCCAAAGUGCCUGCACCAAUCCUUGGAUCGGCAGAAUCCACCUCUAUCUCCCCCUCAGAGGCUUCCUCUUCGAAUUCCAAGGUCACUGUAUCUGGGUUGAGGACACUGGAGAGACCCAUCCAGCCUCCUCCACAGCCCCCGACUGUUGAGGUAUCACCCCAUCCUACUUCCCUUCAUCCUCCACCACCUCCUCGUCCUCUUCUGGAACAUCCACCAGUACCUCAGAUCCCCAUACCGUUCAUCAGGCCUCCUCUUCAUGCUCAGGGCCUGAAAAGCCCCCUUGCCAAUCCUCCCAGAAACCCAGCGCCCUCUUCAAGUCCUAUCCACAGACCUCCCCAUUCUCCUCACUUGCAACCCCCCACCUCCUCAUCCAUGAAUCCCCCUGGACUGAUGCACCCUUUCCCAGGAGCAUACUUCCCUGGCUUACACUCCCCACCCUUGAACAUGAUGCCAAGAGGUCCUGUCCCAAUGCCUCCAAUAAUGAACUAUGGUAUUCCCUCUUUCAGCCCUCUUCUGCCUCAGCCCACUGUCUUGGUGCCUUACCCCAUCAUUGUCCCACUUCCUGUCCCUAUACCCAUUCCUAUUCCCAUUCCAGUCCCUUCAAAGGCUACCCUAGAAACUCCAAGUGUAAUCCAGCCUGUGCCAGAGGGGACAGAGAGGGGUAGAUCCAGGGCUACAAGGCCGCCAACACCAGGGAUUCCUGAGGGGAGUACCAGAUUGAUAGCCAACAAACUGGGUGGAAACUCACCAAGUGACCCCAGCACUGAUUGGGUUAAAUCAGAAAGGUCAUUCCCAUCCCCGGCAUCCACCCCCCACAGUGAUACAUCCUCUCCUAGAGCACAGUACAAUGACUCCCCCAGCUCAGCCCCAGAGUCAGAGGGCCUGACAGACUAUAAGCAGCACCAGUCAGAGCGACAGGUCAUCCAAAGGGUUCUUCAAAGGACCCAAGUAAAACUGGGAACAAGUGCCAAUGGAGUGGUUGAUGUAUUAGGGCUCGGGGAGUCAGGAGUGGGGCAAGGUACCAGAUCAGGGCUCCACAAUAUUAUCAGACCAACCCCUCCACUAUCUCAGUCCCCUUUACAUGACACCUUCUACCACCAACAGGACUCCCACUCUCCGCUUUCAAACACGCCAACCAGCCCCAAUGGGAGCAGUCAUCCAAUGGAUGCCCCAUCCUCUUCCCUGAUAUCUCAGGAUCAUGGUCCAAAUGGAACGACCUCCUCAACACCGGCAAGCCCAGACUCAUCCUUAACCCAGAGAGUGCCAGCAUCAACCCCUGACCCUGCAGUCAGUGAGCUGGAGGCCAUUAAAGAGAACAAGUGCUCCGUGGUUGGUGCAGUAAGGGUUGAGGGUACAGGUAGUCAGUCAGAAGAGCCCCUAGCAAUAGUUGGGGAGGUAGGAGAGGACCCCCAUGUUCCUGAUGAGGACCAUGCCUAUGCCCUUCCAACAGCGCCAAAGAUGGGUGGUACCACCACCCCGUUGCUCUUGCCCAAGCUCAGGGACAAGGGUAGCCUGAGGAGCCCUGCAAAUAUUCCCAGUUCUGGAGACAUGGAGCCAGCUCUGAAGAGGCGAUGCCUACGAAUCCGUGAUCAGAAUAAGUAGAGGAAGAAGACUCCCUGUUUAACACUGUAUGGCGGUGCCAGAUUCAGUGCCACGCCCUCUUGUGGACAACGCCAGUGCUAACACCCUCAAGCCAGUCCCUCAGCCUGUCAGCCCACCAGAGUGCUGCUCUGCCUGUAGACCAGCAGGGUGCCAAUCCAGGAAGCUGUCCAGAUGGCCGUAAUAUCACAAAUCAAAGACGGGGAAGAACGACACAGUCACAGUCACUCUGUGUUGGACCAAAGAAUAUUUCUAGCUGGUGUGUUGUUGUGGUUAUUAAAGUGCUUCACGAGGAGCAUUUUGGACCUUGUGUGACAUUGACCCAAAGUGUGGCUGUGUGUGCUCUUCCUCCUCCUCCUCCUCCUCCUCUCCUUGCAAUCCACAGCAGACAGGGCUUAGAUCAGCCUUGUGUGGUCUUCUCAGAUGGAGCCUGAACAUGAUCUCUUUCCAGGGGAAACGGUUUGUUUUCUCUGCCCGCCUCGCACAAAGAGCCACAUUGUUCCUCUCCCCAUAUCCCACGCUGACUCCCCACUCCAGGUUUUGGGUUACCUGGCCGACGAGGGCUCAGACUUCAGGAGCUUUUUUUAUUUUUUUGAGCGACAGCCAGGAAAAUGGUACACUCUUUCUCCCCCUCCAACCUCGCCCGCCCAAUCUAAAUACGGUACACAGCAACAUACAAAUUCUGAGGUUUGAUUCCUCACAACCGGUUGCUUGUGAUUCCUUACCCUGCCGGCGUCCUCCAAAGGAGGAGAGGAAUUCUGCUGAGAUUAAAAGUCCAUCCUCUGGCAGUUUAUUCAAAGAGCCGAACUGGGCUGUAAAGACGGACGACUGAGGAGGAAAGGAUGCUCCCGCUGCAUCCUCUAAAACAACUACAAAAAAUAUUUGGGACAUGUAGAGCUGAAUGGUCUGAGAACAUUUAACUCGUCCUGAUGACGCUGGUUCAUAAAUGUGUGAUAACAGACCCUCCCUUACUUGAUCUGCCAAAGCUUUCAGAGCAGAAUUUGAAUCUCUUCAAGCUCCACAUGCCAUGCUUGUUUGCUGAAACAUCCUUGGCACAUGGAAGUUUUUCAAAGGCUUGUAAUAUUACCAAAUGUGGUGUUAUGCAACAGUCAUUUGCUGUAGUACGCAGCGAUCAGUAUUACAGUCCCUGCUACCAGGGACUCCUGAGAUUUGAUCAUUUAGAGGCUUUGUCAACACUUUAACCCCAUUGUAAAGUUUCAUUUUUUUCUAGUUGAACUCUUCACAGAUAUUAUUUGAUGUUACAGUAACUUAUGGAUGAUGCAUCUGUAGAUUUUCCACAAAAAAAAAACGCUUUAUUUCUUCAUUUCUUUUCUCUGUUAUGAUUGUACUUUGUGCCUGCUAAAGCCCUUAAAUGCCCCCUUGCUGUUUUAUGUUUGUAUACUGAAUCCCCACUAGAGAGCAGUGUUUGCCUUUGUAACUUUGCACCUGCCCUUUCUUGAGAAGAAAGCAACAAGAGGCCCCAGAAGACGCCUGCUGAAACCGUGAACAUGACACUGCACUCAGUGCCACCUAACUAAUAUCAAAUGCCAAGCAGAUAGCUGUUCUUCUACAUGUCUCUGCCAUUAUUUAAUCAUUAUAAACCAUCAUUUAGUCGACUAUAACAGCAGUGUCACCGACAAGAAAAUCAAGGCUGCCCCUUUUCUUAAUCAAGAGUUCAAGAAUCCCCUGGGAUAAAUAAUCAUCAUGGCCUAAAAUAACUCCAAAUAUGACCCACCCCCCCCCCCCAUCAUUCCAAAAUGACAUCAGCCUGUAUGUGUGCGACAGGUUUCCCCCCACUCAUUCCAGCCUACAUCUUCACCACAGGUCAUGCCAUCGUGUUAGUGUCAUCCCCUGGCCAGGGGACUCUUUGUCAACAGCUAAUAUGAGUCGGUGUUGACGUCACUCUGAGCAACAAGUGGCCAAACGAGAAAACAUUUUCUUCAACUGCCAUCAUUGGUUUUAUGCACAUUUUAAUCAUUGCCAUUUCAGAUCUGAUACCUGAUAUGUUUUAUCUGUGCGGAAGACUUGUGUCUUUCUGUCAGACAUUUUUGUUGCUGUCAAUGCCUAAAAUACAUUUCUGACCUCCCCUGUCAAACAUAUAUCCCACUGUCUACAUAGAUUAUUCACAAAUUGUUUGUAUCAGAGUAUAGAAAUUUUAUCCGAAAGCUUUCUUGGAGACCUCUUUAUAAAGUAAAAUAAAUAAAAGUUAUUCUAAGAGAAAG